CGCCGAUUAACGAGGGUUUCAUUCUUGUUCAUGUUUAUUUCUGAUUGUGUAUUCAAUUGGGAAGCAUUUUGAUCGAUAGAACCAUCGAUUGAAUUCGAAACCCUAUGUGAUUAUAUGUAUAAACACACAUAAUAUUUAUAUAAGAAGAUGAGUGUGGAUCUGGCUUCGAACACCCAUGGGAACCUGGACGAGCAGAUAUCACAGCUCAUGCAGUGCAAGCCCUUAACCGAGCCUGAGGUUAAGACCUUAUGUGAGAAGGCGAAAGAGAUACUAAUGGCUGAAAGCAAUGUUCAGCCAGUAAAAAGCCCUGUGACUAUCUGUGGUGACAUUCACGGGCAGUUUCAUGAUCUUGCUGAACUUUUUCGCAUAGGAGGAAAGUGCCCAGAUACAAAUUACUUGUUUAUGGGAGAUUAUGUUGAUCGAGGAUAUUACUCUGUCGAAACUGUCACACUGUUGGUGGCUCUGAAAGUACGUUACCCUCAACGCAUCACAAUUUUAAGAGGAAACCAUGAAAGUCGUCAGAUCACUCAAGUCUAUGGGUUUUAUGACGAAUGCCUUCGAAAGUAUGGGAGUGCUAAUGUUUGGAAGACUUUUACAGAUCUGUUUGAUUACUUCCCAUUAACAGCAUUGGUUGAAUCAGAAAUAUUCUGUCUUCAUGGUGGUUUGUCGCCUUCAAUUGAAACACUUGAUAGUAUAAGAAAUUUUGAUCGUGUACAAGAGGUCCCACAUGAAGGUCCGAUGUGUGAUCUUUUAUGGUCCGACCCGGAUGACAGAUGCGGGUGGGGAAUUUCGCCCCGUGGAGCCGGAUACACUUUUGGCCAGGAUAUUUCUGAGCAAUUUAAUCAUGCAAACGGCUUGAAGCUUAUUGCUAGAGCUCAUCAGCUGGUCAUGGAGGGAUUCAACUGGGGACAUGAGCAAAAGGUUGUGACUAUAUUUAGUGCACCGAAUUAUUGCUAUCGAUGUGGGAAUAUGGCGUCUAUUUUGGAAGUGGAUGAUUGCAAGGGUCACACGUUUAUCCAGUUUGAUCCUGCUCCAAGGAGAGGAGAACCAGAUGUAACAAGACGAACACCAGAUUAUUUCCUGUGAGCUUCUGUACCUGAUUCAUGGUCAUUUGCUUUUUUUUUUUUUUUAUGGGUUUUGUGAGAGUGAUUUAUUUAGUCAUGGGUUGAUCAAAGUUUGAUUAGUUGAAUCUUUACAUAAAGUUAAAUAUUUGUAUUAUUAAUUUAAGCAAUUGCCCUUGAGAAGAAAAGUCAUCUAUUUUGUUUCUUAGUAUUAA